UCCCGUUCCACUCGGAAUCUGAUUGAAAUUCCGAAGAAAUGUCGAAUUCAGCCUCCUUCAAAAAUCAAACUCCGUCUUCCUCACUUCAAUCAUGGAUUUCAUGAGCGACCCCGCUCGCAACAUGUCGGAUGAGGCUGGCACAGCUAUCUCCGGGAAGCGAAGGCUACGCCGCAGCUGCGAGUCAUGUCGAAACAGCAAAGGGAAGUGCGUUCCAAGUGGGCAGAAUGGGAGGUGCGAGAGGUGUGUCAAGGAGGGGCAGCAAUGUACCUUCCUCGAGGCCAAACCUCGUCCCAAACGGGCGAAGAAUUCCAGAACCCGAGUUGCUGAGAUGGAAGAGAGGCUCGAUGGUUUGAUGGCCUUACUUACUUCAAAGCAAGCGGGAGAGCAAGCAUCCCCAUCAGAAACGUCGUCCGCACCUUCUCAACCACCCAUAGCGUUGUCACCACCAGAGACAGGGCUCCAAGCCUUUACGCAUCCAAUCUCAUCAUCCGUUUCACUAGUUUCCUUUUCGGGUUCCGAGGACUUUAGACCACAGCAAUCACUGCCAGUAUUUGCAUUUCCAAACUUCGAUCAGUUCAACGAUGCAAUAUCUAAGGGACUGGUCUCGAUUACUCAAGCCGAGAAAUCCGUACGGUAUUUCCAGUCGAGAGCUUCACAUUUUCCAUUCGUUUUGGUGCCCCCGAAAUGGACUUUGGAUUCCCUCCGACGGGAGCGACCUUUCUUGCUCCUCUCAAUUCUUUCCUUUGCUGCGCACCACAACGAGAAGCUUCAACUUCGGCUUGAACUCGAGUUACGAGAAUCAUUAAGCAAAAAGGUUAUUGUUCACUGCGAGAAAAGUUUGGAUCUGCUUCAAGGGGUCUUGCUAUAUUUGGCUUGGUAUCAAUUCUACUUUGAACCUGACCGGGAACAAAUGUAUCAACUUUCGCAAAUGGCUGUUGCCAUGGCCAUUGAUCUUGGUAUCAAUAAGCCGGCACAGGACUGGGAGCCGAUAGAUGUCAAGGUCCUCAAAGCCAGACUCUUCUUACCAAAGUCUCCGGAAGAGCUUGAGGCGCAGAGGACUUUUCUUGGCGUCUAUUUCCUGACGACCACAAUCUGUCAAGGCUUGCGGAAGCCUAACAGUCUGGAAUAUUCCGAGUACAUGGAGACUUGUACCGAGUCAUUGGCUCGAGCAGCGAUUGCCGAGACUGACAAUCUUCUUCCAUAUUAUAUCCGAUUGCAACGACUUGCUGGGGAGAUUGACCAUGCAUUCGACUACAGUCAAAAUCUGAAACUACCUCAAUUAGACGUCAUACGAGUUGAGAUUCUCCGGAAAUCUUUUGAACAGCAGCUGAACCAAUUCGAAUUGACUUUCCCUGCACAUGUUUGGAAUAGCCCUUCUUUAACAAUGAAGUACUAUAAUCUUCGCAUAUAUGUGAACGAGAUCGGUCUCCAUGCCGUAAAGCCCUCUGAGCUGGAACCGCUGUCUACCUCGUGGUAUUACUCCACAGCCCGGAACGAAAUCCUGAUUCGUUGCCUACGGAACACCAAAGAAUACAUUGAUCGUUAUCUACUAUUAACUCCAGUAGACCUGGCCAGCCUCAAUCUGACCGACUAUAUUUCCCUCGUCUACGCAGUUUUAGUCCUUGGAGCUUUCUCAACCGGUGCAUACGAUAGCCAGAUCCUCAACAGCGCGGACAUGAAGGCCACCGUGAAUCUGGAUUACUACCUCGAUGCUCUCUCCGCGCAAGCCCUCCAACUCCUCGCUGCCUCGGAACCAGGCAGCAACAACUUCGUAAGCCACAUCUACAACCUCUUCCAGCAAUCCAAGAUAUGGUACUCUCAGAUGGUCAGAGACCCAACACCCGUCGGGCUUUCCAUCACUGGAAAACCGACUUUCUCCUUCAUGGAAAUUAUUCCAACGAUUAUGGUGCGGUGUGUGGACUUUUCGGUCAAUUUUGCGAGCGCGAAGUCGGACGUGUCAUCAGGAGAAGGAGGAGGAUCGGGUCUUUCAGAGGUGGGGAGUGAUGAGCAGUGGAGUGAGAUGUUGUCUAGUUGGGCAGCGAAUCAGGAUUUGUCGAACAUGGUGUUGGAUACUGGGAUGGGAUAGUGUAAAAUAUAGGCUUGUUUUCAAGCUGGGGCAGGCGUCUUCUUGGGGUCCAUAAGGCCUAUUCGGUCUCUCUGAAAUAAGUCGUUUCAGACAUAAAUAUACACUCUCGCCUCAAUUGGCUCUAGUUCCUCAUCAGAACCUCCCUCAUUCUUAAUACACAGUCU